UCUAACUUUUAAUGAAUACAUACAAAUGAAUUUCUUUUCUUUUUCUUCAUUUUUCUUUCUUUGUUCUUGUGAGCAAUGGGACUAAAAAACGAUUAUAGAAUCUCAGCUAUUGUUGUAUUAUGCAAGGAUUGUGGUCAAGAUGUAGGAUUAUAUCCUGCUCGACAUAUAUGUUCAAGUAGCAAAAACCCACAGCUGCCAAUUCUUUGCUCCAGUACAACAUCUCCCUCCUUCGAGAGCUGGCAUCAUCAGGAGGAGGAAACAAAAAAUGUGCCUGAGCUUAUUUCAUCUUUUAUCCCUGUAAAGCCAACGCAAGUGACUAGGCAACCAUCUGAUAGCUCAACUGAAAGUGAAAAAUGGAGUUUUUUCCGCAGUACAAGUAAAAACAGCAAUCCAGAAACACCAGAAAAAGAAGAGCAUACGUCCUACCUUGAUGCUUAUGCAUUGAAUUUAAAGAGAUCUAUAUCGCUUCGUGAGUUAAAUGGAUCUUCAGCCACCACUCACCUUCAGAGAGCAAAAACUACAACCGGAAAGAAGGCGAAAGAAAAUGAAAAGUGGAAAGAAUUGAUUGCUGACAAACAUAAACCAGGAAGCAAGACGAGCAGUUCAUGGUUCAAUAUUAUUUCAAGUUCAACAAGCCAAGACAUAGAAUAUUGCUCAGAUCAAGAAGAUUGGGAAGGAGAAACACAUGUAGCAAGAAUCAUUAGAGAAUAUCAUGAAGAAAAACACAAGGCAAGGCAUACACCGUUGCCUUCAUGGCUCUAUGAUGAUCGCACACCUAUUUCAGCACUAGCCCAAAUUCCAGUAACUGAACAAGCACAUCAAGAACAAGUUAGAUUACGGAGAGAACACUCAAAUAGACGCCGACUUUGGGAGGCGUCUGAGACACGACAGCCUACUCAACGCGAAAGAGAAAUACAAGCUAUGAGGGCGACAUCUAUCACCAAAGACCAUGAUCUAUAUAGCAAAACCAAUUCUAUUUCACGAUCUUGUAGUGAACGUGUUUCGAACAGCUCUUCAAGACAAAAAACUAGUAUUUCACCUGCUUCAAACCAGCACUCAUUAUUCAAUGGGUCUUCUAGAAGACUCAAAGCUGCCCAAAUUUCUGGAUCUUUCUAUGAUGAAGAUAAAUUAAAGAAUUCUCAUUAUCUUUAUCGAAACUCUUCAGGAAAUACCAAAGGCUAUAUUUAAAGCAAAAAAUUUGUAAGAAUAUCAUGAUCAAGUAAAUACGGAGUCCCUCAAAAAAAAAAAGAGUCUUUUUAUCUGGUGACAUUAUAAUGAAAUGUUUGACACAUUCCGUCACUUUUGCAUGAAAGCAUGCAUAAAAAAUAGUCAAUAAAACCAUUUUUUUUCUAUGAUAC